AGCCUUCCAUAAUCAGCAGCCGUACAUCGUCUUCAGCGGCCAUCGUCGUUGUCCAUGGCCCAAUACAAAUGUGUAAAAAACUUGUUUGUCCAGUCAUUCCCUCUCUGCGGCUAUAAACAGAAGCAAAUGUGAGUAAAGGUCUGCACCGGCCUAAUCGGCGACCGUCUUCUACCCAGAACGCCUCGCCCAACCUCUCUGCCGGCGAAUUGCUUCUUGGUGUGGUUAAAUCUUCACUCGACGGAAUGGUAUGAAUUUGAACGAUGAAAUUCUUUUUAUUCAUUAACUUACGGUGAGGGUAUUUGUUCCAUCCGUACCGAAAAGGAACAAAUUUGAAAUUUCUAGCGUUUCAGUAGUGGUAAAGAUAAUGGGAUUUUGGUGUUGUCUUUACUGUGAGAAGGGAAGCCUACUUGAUGGUUAACCUGAACAUUUGAAGACCCUGGUUAAUGUAGCGGAUCUGAACUUAGUUGAUGCGGUUCAGAGCCUCGAGUAGCCUUGUCAAUAUAUGUUGGAACCUUAACCAUCAGAAUGUACAGACGCCGAGGCACAAACCUUUUAUGCUCGCCAGCAUUGCUGGUUUCAUGUCUCAGCGGUCAUGCAAUCAAUGCCUUUCCACUCUCCUCGCGAAAUCGUUGCCUCCAAAUACUCGGCUGUACAAAGCAAGAAGUUUACUUGGUGUCCUACUGGUUGAGGGCAUACUCAACGCCGGCAGUGACAUAACCCCACCAGCAUCAUCUCUGGCAUCAAAUCUUGUUCAAGUCUUUGCCCAGUUGGGCUGUCCAGAGGAAGCCCUACUCGUCUUUGACAGGUUCCACUGCAUCGACAAUAUUUCCUGUAAUGCUAUUAUGCGGGCCUAUGUGGAUGCUGCUCAAUUUUCUCAAGCAAUCCAGUUCUUUGAUGAUUUGGUAUUCAAGCUAUGUAUUGUACCUGAUAAUUACACUUGGCCGCUUAUCUUAAAGGCCUGCUCAGGAUUAUGUGCACUUGAAAAGGGAAGAGAGGUGCAUGAUUUGAUCCGGUCCUUUGAGAGUCGUCACUGCUUAAAAGUGAAUGCAUACACAAAAUGUGCCCUGAUCGACAUGUUUGCAAAAUGCGGAAGCUUGGAUGAAGCUCAUAAAAUAUUUGAUGAUAUGCCUCGGAAAGAGAGAGAUCUUGCUUCUUGGACUGCCAUUAUAUGUGGAACAGUACACCAUGGGAAGUGGUCUGCAGCAGUAUGUUUGUUUAGAAACAUGAGGCUGGAAGGCUUGCGUCCAGAUCCAGUGGUGGUUGCUGCAAUACUUCCAGCCUGUGGCCGUACAGAAGCUAGACAUGCAGGGAUGUCUCUACAAGGCUGUGCUGUGAAAAGUGGCUUUCACCAUGAUUUGGUUGUUUCAAAUGCUGUCAUGGAUAUGUACUGUAAACUCGGAAAUGUUGAUCAAGCGUACGGUAUGUUUUGCAAAAUGCUCAAUAAAGAUGUCAUCUCUUGGAGCACCUUAAUAGCUGGUUAUUCACAGAAUUGCCAACACUGGAGAAGCAUUGAGCUCUACCGUGAGAUGCUAAAUCUUGGUGUAAAACCCAGUGUAGUUAUUGUGUCAAGUAUCCUCCAGACGCUUGGCAAGCUCAACUUAUUUGAGCAGGGGAUGGCAAUGCAUGGCUUCAUUCUGAAACAAGGAUUUGACUUUGAUGUUGUUGUGGGAUGUGCUCUGAUAUUCAUGUACUCGAGCUGUGGUUCCAUUGGAGACUUGAAUAUGCUUUUAAGCAAUUGGUCGGAUAGGGACAUCAUGAUUUGGAACUCAGCCAUUGCAGGGCAUGCUUCUUAUGGGAAUUCUGAUGCUGCACUCAACACCUUUCGGGAUUUGUGGAAGGCUGGUGUCAAACUGAAUUCCAUCACUCUGAUGAGCAUCCUUCCAAUAUGUACCAAAAUGGGGGCCCUUAAACAGGGGAUGGAAGUCCAUUGCCAUGUACUCAGAAGCAAUCUUGCAAUAUCUGUUUCAGUGGAUAAUGCACUAAUUGAUAUGUACUGCAAAUGCGGAUACCUACAUUAUGGACUGAUGAUUUUCGAUCACAUGAUGGAAAAGGAUGUUGUUUCUUACAACACAAUGAUUUCUGCCUACGGAUUCCAUGGGUUUGGAAAGCAAGCGCUGAUACUAUUUGAUGAGAUGAAAUCUUCAGCCAUGCAACCCACAAAAGCGACUUUUGUAGGCCUUCUGUCUGCUUGUAGUCAUACUGGCCUAGUUCAGCAGGGUUCGUCUCUCUACAGUUCCAUGAUUAAUGAUUAUGGCAUAGUGCCCAACAUGGAACACUACUCAUGCAUGGUAGAUCUGCUAGGUAGAGCUGGGCGCAUUCACGAUGCGUGUGACUUCAUCAGACGAAUGCCUGAGGAACCAGAUGGUAAUGUUCUGGGAUGCUUGCUAGCUGCUUGCCGAAUUCACAACAUGAUGGAACCAAUGGAUGCCCUUGCGGAAGAAAUACUGCAAAGUCAGUUGGAAGAUACCGGGUAUCAUAUCCUCUUGUCGAAUCUCUAUGCAUCCACAAAGAAGUGGAAAGAUUCUUCAAGGGUUAGAGCUCUAAUAAAGGAAAAAGGCUUAAGAAAAAAACCUGGAAUGAGUUGGAUACAAACAGGUCACUGCACUCAUGUAUUUGAUGCUAGAGAUACAACUCAUAGAGAGUUCCACAAAAUACAACACAUUCUUGGAAUCUUGUCACUGGACAUGAAGGAAAUCUAUGCAGUGGAUCCUUGUCUCUCUGCCCCUUCACUUUGACGAUCUGUUUAAAGAAGUCUACUGCAGUUUAUGAGCUGCCAUUGAGAAAUAUACCACAAAUGUAUUGGAGUAAUAUUUCUCUUGCUUGAAUCUUCAAAGCAAAAUGGAUGCAAUGUAAAUGCAUUGUACUCCACAUAAACUUGAAUCUCUCACGAUUCAAGUAAUACGUUCAUUUUUUGGGUUGGUCUCUCUACAGUUCCAUGGUUAAUGAUUAUGGCAUAGUGAUGUUUGUGGGACACCAAAGUUCCUUCAAACCAUUUAUUUCAGAUCUGAGGCUGUGCCAAAUGGAACAACAUCCAACCUACACAGGAAUGAUCAAAUGGAGCAAAUCUUGGUUUCAAUAACCCGUCGAUUGCCGAGACUAAGAUCAAUUUUAUGGCUCAAAUUUUGUGGAGCUGAACAAAUGCAAUGCGAAGAACAGAAGAAUAAUCAUAGUCUCGUCUACCCCCGUAGUACUGCGUGCUACCUGAAGAUGCCGACGCGGUGCCGCCGCCGCCGCCGUCGGAAUCGUCAUCGCUGCUGCUGCCCCCGUAAUAUGAAUCAGGGCUGCGAAGGCGAUGAGGAUAGGG